GGAGGCGCAGCAGGGCUUGGGAGCCAUGGGGCAGGGGCUUGGCAGAAGGUCCCCGGCCUCUGCACCCUGAUAGCUCCAAGCCGAGGGUGCAGGACCAACUGCUAGAGGUGGAGGGAGGAGGGACUGAGCUGCCUGGGCUGGGACUUAGGCAAGGUGGGAGAGGACCAGGACUUAGAGCCCUCCCAGCCCCCCAGGCAGGGGCCACCGGCUGCACUCAGGCCUUGGCCCUCAGCUGACCCUGAGAGCCCACAUGGGAUGUAGGGUCUAAUUUUAGUUCCAGCCACAGGGCCCUCAGCCCAGGAGUGCUUGCCAUUGGACACAGGGUGGCCGGGCUGCUCAGGGGCUGCUCAGAAAGGGGGAGGAUUGGGGAAACCAGCCCUGCUUCCAUCCAGCCCUGCACCCUGGCCAAACCACCUCGUGUGGGAAUCCUGACAGGUCCCCCAUGGCCUGGCAGACUGCCCUCCUCUCCCUCAAGGCCAAGGUCAGGGGGUGCAGCCAGGAGGGCAGAAGGACACUGGCUUGCAGUCUGCGCAGGGGUUGCAUCAGCCUGAGCAGCACCCAGGGGCAGGGGGCCUGCUGGGAAGGGCAAAAACUGGCUUGGUUGUCCAAAGGCCAAGGAAGCAGAGUCCGGACCACAAGAAGGCAGGGCCAGAGAGCGGGGUCCUCCCUGGCCCAUGACUUGUGACUUGCUGUUGGAUCUUGCCCUUCAUAGGCCUCAGUCUUCCCAUCUGUACAAUGAGGGUGCUGACCUAGAAGGUGGAUCCCCAUCCCAGAGGCCCCCUCUGUGAACCCCUGGCUUCCCCUGCUUCCUGCAGCCCUGGCUGUGGGUGGCCACAUGCAGUCAUGGAGAAGAAAGUCCCUUUGGCUGGCCCUGUCAGCCUCCUGGCUCCUCAUCCUGCUAAGAGUCUUCCCAGUUCUCCGCCUGGCAGAGCCUGCCAGACGCCAGGCAGGGGGCCCCCAAGGCUGGCCCCGCUGGCUGGACGCAGAGCUCCUGCAGAGUUUCUCCCAGCCUGGGGAGCUCCUGGAAUAUGGCCCUCAACCUCCUCAAGCCCCCCGUGGCGGCAGCUGCUACCGGGAAGCUUGCUUUGAUGCCUCGAGGUGCAGAGGUGGUAGCCUCAAGGUGUUCGUGUACUCGGCGGUCGGACCCAUCUCUGAGACUCCGCGCAAGGUCCUGACUUCCAUCGAGGGCUCCCGCUACCACACAGCCAGCGCUGCGGAGGCUUGCCUCCUCGUCCUCGUCCUCAGCCCCGACACCCCCGCUGGAGAGUGCCACCCGGCGCUCCCGCAGUGGGAUGGGGGCAAGAACCAUCUGGUCCUCAGUCUCCACCCCACCCCUUGCCUCCGGAUCUUCCAGCUGGGACAGGCGAUGGUGGCCGAGGCCAGCCCCACGGUGGACACCUUCCGGCCUGGCUUUGACGUGGCCCUCCCGCUUCUCCCCGAAGCCCACCCUUUGCGAGGGGGGGCCCUUGGCCAGCUGCAGCAGCACAGCCCCCUCCCUGGGGUGGCCCUGAUAGCUGUGGCAGAAGAUAGGGGCGGGUGGCGCUUGGCAGGGACCAACUUCUCUGCCUGCCCCUGGGAUGGACGCUGUGAGCAGGACCAUGGACCCAAGCAGACCCACCCCCAGGCGACGCUACCCAAUGCCACCUUCUGCCUCAUCCCUGGCCGCAGUCCUGAUGCCUUGCACUUCCUUCAAGCCUUGCAGGCUGGCUGCAUCCCUGUGCUUCUCAGCCCUCGCUGGGAGCUGCCCUUCUCGGAAGUCAUCGAUUGGACCAAGGCGGCCGUUGUAGCUGACGAGAGGCUCCCACUUCAGGUCCUGGCUGCCCUCCAGGAGAUGCCCCUCACACGGGUCCUUGCCCUGCGUCAGCAGGCCCAGUUUCUGUGGGAUGCGUACUUCUCCUCCAUCGAGAAAGUCAUCCAUACCACUCUGGAGAUUAUUCAGGACCGAAUCUCUGGAGCAUCUGCUCACCCCUCGCUCCUGUGGAACAGCCCCCCAGGGGCACUCCUGGCCCUGUCCACUUUCUCCACAAGCCCCUCGGACUUCCCCUUCUACCACCUACAGCAAGGCUCUCGUCCUCUGGGCAGGUUCAGUGCCCUGAUUUGGGUGGGGGCUCCAGGCCAGCCCCCCCUGAAGCUCAUCCAGGCGGUGGCAGGCGCCCAGCACUGUGCCCAGAUCUUGGUUCUCUGGAGCAGUAAGAAGCCACCCCCACCCAGGUGGCCUGAGACAGCAGUGCCCUUGACAGUCCUUGAUGGGCACAGGAAGAGAACCAAGUUUUGUGUGAUGAGGGAAUGCAGAGGGACUACCUUGCUGUCUCAGGCCAGUGACCGCUUCCUCCCGUACAGCGCCAUCGACACCGAUGCCAUCCUGAGCCUGGACGCCCACAGCAGUCUUUCCACAAGUGAGGUGGACUUCGCUUUCAUGGUAUGGCAGAGCUUCCCGGAGCGGAUGGUCGGCUUUCUCACAUGGAGCCACUUCUGGGAUGAGGCCCAGGGGGGCUGGGGCUACACUGGCGAGAGGGCCAAUGAAUUCUCCAUGGUUCUCACCUCAGCUGCCUUCUACCACAGGUAUUACCACACCCUCUUCACCCACUCCCUGCCCAAGGCUCUGAGGACUCUGGCAGAUGAGUCACCCCCCUGCGUGGAUGUCCUGAUGAACUUUCUAGUAGCAGCCGUCACCAAGUUGCCGCCUAUCAAGGUGCCCUAUGGGCCGUGGCAUCAGAAGGCCAGACCUCCUCCACUGGCGCCUGGGGGUCCGCGGUUCAGAGCGGAGCCUCAGCCGGCCUCCCAGGACUGCCUCAACCAGAUGGCGGCAGGAUUCGGCCACAUGCCCCUAGUGUCAUCACGCCUCCGUCUAGACCCAGUGCUUUUCAAGGACCCGGUGUCUGUGUUGCGUAAGAAGUAUCGCAGCCUGGAGAAGCCCUAGGAGGGACCAACCAGCUGAGACCCUGGCCCGGCUCCCAGGGGGCGCUGCAACCUGCCCGGGGUUGGGGGCGGGGAUGGAGCCGCAGUCCCCUCCCCUGGAAUAUCUGGAGACCCAAUCCAGGCUGCCGGUGAGCCCAACACGGCUGAUCCCGAUUGGCCAGCAACAGCCUCGCCCCCUCCUCCAGCCCAGUGGCAGUUCCCACGUGCUCCGCGCUCCCUCUGCCACCUGGCCUCUGCCUUCGCAGACCCUUUACCUGGAAUGCCUUUCUCGGCUUCUCUGCUGAGCUAGCAUCUGCUUCUCUUUCAGGUCCUCACCUCCUCCACGCAGCUGCCUGACCCCCACCCCCGCCCCGAUCCUCUGCGCUUUCACAGCCGGUUGUCCCGUAGCCCCCUUAUUCAUGCUGGCUUGCACAGGUACACUGUCAGGCCCCCGGGAGGGCAGGGCCGCGGCCUCCUCUCUCUGGCCUGGCAGGGACGCCACAAAUAUUUGACGAUCAGAUAGACAUCAGCCACGGGCCUGGGCCCUGUGCCGACAGUGGGCGGGGGCGUGGACAAGGUGUGCAGAGUGAACUCCACGCCUACACCCCGGGAGGCAUCUUUGCCGCAGGUUCCUGGCUUGCCGGGGACAAUCCUGGAGCCUCAGGGAUGGAGCAAAGACGCGCCGGGGAGCAAGUUUCAGGGCUUCCUUCUCGACCGGGCGGAGCAGAGUUGGGAGGGGAGGAGGUGGGCACGCCGGUGGCCCCUCGGCUCAGGCACUGCCGUCGUCCCGCACUAUCAGCCUCGUCCAUUAGAGGUCAGCACCGAGCCGCGCUUCCUAUUCCGGGACCGAGAGUGAAAGUCGCUCAGUCUUGUCCGACUCUUUGUGAUCCCAUGGGCUAUACAGUCCAUGGAAUUCUCCAGGCCAGAAUACUGGAGUGGGUAGCCUUUCCCUUCUCCAGGGUGUCUUCCCAAUCCAGGGAUCGAACCCAGGUCUCCUGCAUUGCAGGCAGAUCCAGGACCGAGAAGGGAGUUCUAAACGCCUGCUGGGUGGGAUUAGCGGGCGCGGGGUCUUGGAGGUUGGUUGGUGGUGCCCAGUUUGACGUCUGAAAACUGGUUUGGCCCACACACUUUGGACUAAGAAGGGGGGCCGUUUCUAGGCGGGCUGAGUGGUAGCAGCGGCGGUCCCCAGGGCCCUGGUAGUGAGAGUAGAGUAGGGGAGGGGACUCUGGGUCCUCCUGGGCUCACCCACCUGGAACUGGAAUUAUCACUUCCGAAAUAAAAGCGCCUGUCCUUGCUGCCUCA